CGGCCGCGCUCCCCUCACGGCCGCGCUCCCCUCACGGCGCUGCCCGGGGCGGUACCGGGGCGCUGUCUGUCACCUCCUGGAUGCCCCCGCGGCUUCUCGGUGCUCGUGUGCGGCCUUUUGGAGCCGUUUUCAGCACCGCUACCGCAUUAAAAGUCGAUUUAAUUAACCCUUAAGGGCCUGUGAGUUGCCUGUUUUCUAGUGGCUGCUUCCCCACAGGUGCGUUUGGCUGCAUUGGAGCAUGGAGCCCAUCUCCCUGCCAGAACCAGGCAUUCCUGCAGGAAACAGCUCAUCUGGGGCACAGGAAAAAUUCCGUGUGCUGGUGGGAGUGACUGGAAGCGUGGCUGCCCUCAAGCUGCCCCUGCUGGUGGCAGAAUUGCUGAAAAUCCCUGGGCUCGAGGUGAAAGUGGUCACUACUGAGAGAGCAAAACAUUUCUACAAUGCCCAGGAGAUUCCUGUGACCCUCUAUGGUGAUGAAGAGGAGUGGCAGCUGUGGAAGGGCCGCUCGGACCCCGUGCUGCACAUUGAGCUCCGGCGCUGGGCUGACCUCAUGCUGGUGGCACCUCUGGAUGCCAACACGCUGGCAAAGGUCGCCAAUGGCAUCUGUGACAACCUGCUGACCUGCGUGAUCCGCGCGUGGGACCUGAGCAAACCGCUGCUCUUCUGCCCAGCCAUGAACACGGCCAUGUGGGAGCAUCCCCUCACAGCUCGCCACGUGGAGCAGCUGAAGGCCUUUGGCUACACUGAGAUCCCCUGUGUGGUGAAGAAACUGGUGUGUGGAGAUGAAGGCCAAGGUGCCAUGGCAGAAGUGUGGACCAUCGUGGAAAGAGUUAAAAGGAUCCUUGAAGAUCGGGAUGUGCCAAGGCAGAGCUGAUGUUUUGGCAUGUAAAUGGUGGUUUUGUGCCUUCCUGAUGGUUUGGAGAUAAAGCCAGCAGGAAGCUGGGCUGGCUGCCCUGCACACCUUUAGCUGCUCUCCAACAGAAGGAGCCAACGGUUGUCUUCCAGCUGCUGCCAAACUGAAAUGCGGUACUCACCAUAGACUUUCAAAAACCAGAGCCAAGAAUGUGCUGCUUUAGUGUGAAAAACCCUGUGGUAUUUUGGGAGUAACUGUUUGAGGCUGCUCAGCCCCCAGUGCUUCACACCUGCUCUGUUCUGGGCAGGCUGCAGAAGGUGUUUGAGCUCCUGUGGUUCUAGAGGGGAAAAGGCCCUGCAAAUUCUGGUGCAGGGUAAUUGCAGCCCCUUCUAGCAAGUGUCUCCUGGACCAUUCCUGCUCUCCAAAGCUUGGUCCACAGCUGUGCUGGCUGCAUGUUCCUCCCAGUAGGAGUCACUGUCCAAACAGAUUUUCCCUCUGGGAACUUAAUAAAAAAGAGUUUUUAAUCCUA